AUGGUGAAGGUCGUAGUAGGAGACGAAAACCAACUCAAAUUGGCCGAGGACCGACUUACUCAAUCUGGUUUCACCGCCCAGGUCGGCCUGGUGAUCGGCAAGCUCAGCUCCCCAUUGGACCGAGGCUUCGUCUUCGAUUUAGUCCCCACUCCGACGAACGACGCCGGCGAGCCAGCCUGUUCCGUCGUCGAGACCAAAGAUGACAAGAAAAAGGGCGGUUCCAAAUCCAAAUCGCAGGUCUUGGAUGCUUCCACCUUGCUCAUUGACACUGACUGGGUCGCCGAGCACGCUCGCCAGGUUUCGAGAAUGUUAGUUGGCGGGAUGAAUGUGGUGGGAGUUUAUGUCUGGGUUAGUGAUACCUCAUUCAAGAACUCAACUAUUACCCUUUGCCAGACAGUGAAAGGAGUGGCGGAAGCCGCACCUAUUCUAGAAGGAGAUUGGGAUGAAAGACUGCUUAUUCAUAUAUCUUAUAGCCCAAGGAGGUGGACAUGUCGGAAUUGUAUGUUGUCUUCAAGUAUCACAUCAAGCAGCAUACGGCCCUGUGAUUUCAAAAUGGGGAAGGUCUUAAGCUCCAUGCAGAGAUUUAGGUGUAUUUAUAACUUUGAGCUCAGAUUACCUAUAUCCCACGAACGUGAAUCAACGGCUUCAACGCUGAGUGCAAUUCUUCGGUAUGGAAUCUCAACACAUGUGAAAGAGCUAAGAGGUGCAAAGGCUGUAAUUGAUGGAAAAUUGAUCACAAACGAUGAGCCAUGCACCACUGACAGUUUACAUGAAGUUGAAUUGCUUUUUCCAUUCCAGGAAUGUGACCCUGCUACUGAAGCAUGCAGUCAGAAAAAUGUAGAUGGUCUUCUUGUUUUUGGUGGGUCUGUAUGUUCAUUCACGUAUCUGAACAACAAAGAGCCUGUUUCGCAGGCAGUUGCUGAUAUAAAGUUUGACAUAGUCAGGAGUCUGCAAAGCAGGUUGGACAUCUUAUGUGAUGAAGCAGAUCAAGAACUUGCUGCAGAAGAUGAAGGCACUGAGGAAGCAAGCCAAGACAGACUGUCUCAUAAACCUGUUUCCAAACUUGUCCUUCACUCUUUAAGGAAAACAUGCCAUCUUGCAUUCCCUCGAAGAGUUUUCAUUCCAUGGUUGGGUGAUAUCUACAUUUGUGACUAUCUACAACCAUCAGAGACACUUGAGGUCAUAAAAGAUCACUGUGUGGAGUUGAUGUCCAUGCAAGCCCCAACUGAUGCCUCAACGUUCUUCCAGCCAGAAGUGGAAGCUCCAUCGGUGAUCUCCAAAUCUUUCUGGGAUGUUUCAGUGCCUGGCAAUUCGAAUAAUUCUUCUUCUAGCAAGAGCAGAGAAGCCGAUGAUGCAAGCCCAGAAAGCAGCAACAGACAGCUGAGGAAGACCGUUAACUUCAGUUUCGGCAUGGUGGCAGCUGUCCUCAUCCUGCUUAUGUCUAUCUUGCUAGGUUUUGUAUUCGUCAGGAAAUCAUAG